AUGGUUUACAUCAGAGACCUAAUCGCCAAAUACGUCCUCGACGACACCAUCUCCGGCAAGCCCGAGGGCCGCGCCGUCCUCGCCGCCGAAGCCGCCGCUGCGCAGCAGAAAGAAGAUGACAUGGUCAAGCAGCGCGGUAGGGUCGGCGACAUCACGAUCGUGGGCCCCAAGAGCGUAGAUCUGAAAGCCAUAAUCCAGGAGAUUGGGGCGCUGCCUGCGGAUCUUGAGGAGCAGCUCGGAAGGGAGAAAGAGCGAGAAGAUGGAGAGAUUGGAGAGCAUGAUGAGAAGGAGGAGGAGUAUGAUCCGCUCCGCCCCCAGCUUUCGAGAGCUGCAGCGAGGGGUAGAGAGAAAAUUCCGCCGUGGCGGGAAAGGAAGGUGGUGUUUGUUGAGGACCCGGGCUUGAGGGCGAAAGUGUUUGGGCAUAUGGUCCCGACGCGGGCGUGUCGAGAGUGUCUUCUGCGUCCUGUCGAUCAGAAGGGGAGGUUCGAUCGUAGGGGCAGAUGCGAGUACCAUCGCAGCCGUGAUUGGGAGAAGACGAGUAUCUCGCUUUGCGAUCAUAAGUGGCUGAUGCUGUAUUGGACGCUGGAUGACCCGUCGAAUCUCCAGGGCGGGUGGCAGCUCAUCGCGGUUGGCGAGCGGGAUCAGAGGGUUGAGGUGGAGAAGAAGUGUGAGAGGUGUGAGAAUGAGAAGCUUCCUGAGAGCAGGUGUGAGGAACUGGCGAGAAGGGUGGUUGAUCAUGCGAAGGUCAAGUUGAAGUGGUAUAAGGAAGAAUUUGAGAGGGUUGAGAUGAGGUGUGGGCAGUUGGCCAAGCGGGGGGCUGGGAGGCAUGAGAGGUUCAAGAAAGAAGAGGAGAUGAAUAUCGGACCGUUGAGGGGGGACGUUAAGGUCGUGGUGCCGAAUUUGGCCUUUGCGGAGAGGGAGAUCAGGGUGCUAUUACUGGCGCUGAAAGGGCAGGAGAGCAACGAACGGGAAAGACAACAGAAGAAGCAGCAGAAAAAGGUGGAGCAGAUGUUGAAGAACCUUAAGGAAAUGCGCCCCGAAAACAUGCUCCAGAAACCGACCCAGAAGCAAGAGGUGGUGGCCUCGGCGGAAGAACAUAUUCUCGAGUCUGUUGAAUCACUUCUAGUGGAGUCAGUUCAGACGGCUGACUACGAAGGAGAGGUGCAACAUAUGCCUCCAGCACCGCCUCGGAACACUGAGGACAUACCUGCUAUCACGCCGCCGCCAGAAACCGAAGAAACAGUUCUCAAGUAUCAGAUCGCGACAGAGUCAGGAGAUCCUCCGGCUACCACAGAUAGCAUCGUCGCCAAUCGGGGCUCGCCAGUGCCGACUCUAGAGCCAGAAGUGGCAGAUACAGCGCUCGCGACUCCAACUCUAGAGGAAGUCAGUGCGAUUCUUUCUUCCCUGACUUCCACCGUUCCGGAGAGCGAGGCCAAGGAGGAGCAUUUAGAGGCUGAAGCUAUAGGCGGUAUUCCCGCUGCAGAGGAAGCCGGCGCCGUUCUAACCACAGCAACCCUAGAAGCUCUACAGAACGAGAUCUUGCACGAGAAAGUGGAAACUGAAGCCACUCUCGAAGACACUCUGACGCUUCCCGCCCCCGAAGAAGUCGGUGCGAUACCAUCCACGCCAAAGCCGGCAACUCCAGAGCCUGAAGACGAAGGCCAGAAAGUAGAUGCUGAAGUCACUUCCAUUUCCGAUAUGGGCGAAGCAAGCCCCAAGGGCACUUCUCCACCCUCGCCAUCUGUGCAAUCACCAGAAGUCGCCGUCGAAAUCCAGGCCAAUGAGGUAGUGGCUGCUUCGGUCGAGCAGGCCAGCGAGACUGUUGCGUCUAUAUCGCCAUCUCUUCACCCUCUCCUUUCCCCUAUCCUCUCCAACCCUGAUUCCCCCAGCCCAACCCAUCCCACACGCUCCCCUUCCCCCCCACUCCUACCCCCCCGCAAACGCUCCCGCACCGCCUCCCUCCCCCUCGCCUCCCUCCCCAUCAUAAAACGCCCCCGCCUCUCUCUCCCAACCAUCCCAGACCCUAGCAACCAGCCAACCAACCCCUCCACCCUCUCGCCCCCUACCACCACAAAAGCUCGCCGAGACUCUAUCCUAUUAUACAUCACCCGAAAACGCAUCCGCACGGCCUCGAUGACGGAAGCGCCCGCAACCCGAAGGCGCAGCUCUGCGUCCUCGUCCUCUCCCUCCCCGCCCGCGCGCCGAAAACGCUCCCGCACGGCCUCGGUAUCCGACGCCGCGCCGUCGUCCAUCGCGGCGGUGAAGAGCGCGAGGGGGGGGAGUGGCGAUAGCCAAUCCUCCCUCAGCUCGAUACCCUCUGAUAUGAGCGGCACGCAGCGGUCGUCGGCGUCGUCAUCGGAGAGCGAUAGCGGUGCUGAGAUCAUCACGCAGCUGCGCGCCGGCGGCGUUGAUGAGAAGGCGGCGGUGGGGGGUAGGAAAGCGGUGCAGUUCCGGAAGCGGAAGUCGUAUAUCGAGGACGAGGUUGAUUUUAACGAUGGAGAGGUGGACGCGCUGGUGGGGAGUGGGGGGUAGAUAAUAGAGCUUUGAUUUUCUUUUUGUAGUUGUAGUUGGUGUUGCAUAUCUGUUUAAGAUGGUUAGUGUGUCCGUAGCCGUUUUACCUUUAGUUUUAUCGCGUGCUGCUGUGCGUUUUAAGAGGUAGAGACGUGGCACUCGGAGAUUCCUGGCGCCAUUCUACCUCUCUUGGGUGUGGAUGUACAUUCUAGAAGGGUGGGAAUCGGACGGGUAGCUGUAAACAAUAGCAGAUGAGGAUUCGAACGAGCCUCAAUCGUGCGACUGGGAGAUUAGUUGGACGUAGGAGACACCCCUGAGCGGGUAAACAAAAUAAAGGUAG